AUGUGCAACCGCCGCUACAUUUCCAGGAGAGGCCCUCUGAUUGUGUAUGAUACUAAGGGUGCAAAGCUUGUGAAGGCAUUCCAUAACAUCACUGGUGUUGAGGUUGCUCAUGUGUCCCGACUUAAUCUUCUUAAAUGGGCUCCUGGAGGUCAUCUUGGGAGGUUCAUCAUCUGGACCAAGUCCGCUUUUGAGAAAUUGGACGAGAUUUAUGGAACUUUCGACAAACCAUCUGAGAAGAAGAAUGGAUACGUGUUGCCGAGGGCUAAGAUGGUAAAUACUGAUCUGGCUAGGAUCAUUAACUCUGAUGAAGUGCAGUCUAUCGUGAAGCCAAUCAAGAAGGAGAUCAAGAGGGCUCCAUUGAAGAAGAACUCGCUGAAGAACCUGAAUGUCAUGCUGAAGCUUAACCCAUAUGCUAAGGCUGCAAGGAGGAUGGCACUCUUGGCUGAAGCAUAG